GUUCCAUUCCUUAUUUACUUCCGGAGGCAUUCGGGGUCAUGGUAUUUGAACAUUCAAGCUAACAAGGUGUUAUUUCAUUUUCUGGUAUAAGAACAGAUUGCAAUGUCAGACGACAUAAUCGGGCCCGCUCUACCUCCAAGUUUCAGGAAAAGCAGCAAUGACGAUUCCGACGAGGACACGCUUGUAGGUCCGGCGCUGCCUCCGGGUUAUACGCCGAGGGAUCUGUCGAGUUCCUCUGAGGACAGUGAUACGGAAGAGGUGGUGUUCAAGAGAGGAAGACCCAGCGCGGGGAGAAAAGAGAGUGCGGAUGGUCCUACGGCAAACAAAUUACGCAGGGUAGAAGGAAACGACAAAAGGCCCAGUGCUGCUGAGGAUGAAGAUGGUUUCUUUGGACCCGCUCUUCCUCCAGGGUAUCAGAAGCAGCAGAGCUCACCUGAAAGACGACCGCUGUUGGGCCCAGCCUUGCCCCCAGGCUUCCGUAGACCCGCGGAUGAUGAAGAUGAUGAUGAUGAUGAUGAGGUGAGAAAUGAGGACAGAGACAGCGGAGGCUUCCCUGGACCAGCACUGCCCCCUGGCUACAGAGCAGAGGCCUCCAGCAGCGAUGGGGAGGGCGAUGACGUCAUUGGACCUCUACCUUCCAAAGGGGAUGUCCAGAACUCAGUUGCCAUGGAGUUUGAGCGCAGGGCAGAGAAGAUGAAAGAGAAGCUCAUCUGUGGUGAUGACGGCCCGGUGGAGCAGGCCCGGGAGACCUGGAUGACAGAACUGCCCCCUGAACUCCAGCACAUCGGCCUGGGGGCCCGAACCUUCAAGAAAAGGUCCGGACCGGAGAACAAGGACCGCUCCAUCUGGACCGACACUCCCGCUGACCGCCUGCGCAAGGCCAGGGAGCGCCUGGAGGGGAAACAGAGUGGCGAGGAGAAGAAGGAGGAGAUUCCCUCCGUUUCCCAGAAAGACCUGAAAAUGGCCGAGAAGGUGUCCAAGUAUAACGAUCAGAAGCGCAGCGAGUCUCUCCUCAGCAUACACAGCAAGAAGAUGAAGAAGCGCGCUGAGGAGGAGGAGGACCGGCCGGUGGAGAGGAGGCCGUUCGACCGGGACAUGGACCUGCAGGUGAACCGCUUCGACGAGGCGCAGAAGAAGUCCCUGCUGAAGAGGUCCCAGGAGCUGAACACGCGCUUCUCCCACAGCAAAGACCGCAUGUUCCUGUAGGCUGGGGGCUGGGGCGGCCAUUUUACUGCUUUACUCCUGUCAGCGGAGCCCAGGUCCCUUCUGGGAGCAGAAGAGAUGCAGGUAAAGCCAU